AUGGAAUAUUCCACGCAUGUAUUUAUCCAACAAACACCGAUUACAGAACAGAAUUUUGAAUUAAAACUUCAAGAUAUAUCGGAUCAAAUCACAACAAAUGGUUGUGCAUGUCCGAGUGUCUUUGCGCCAUUUACAAAUCUUGUUGUUCAACAAGCAGUAGUUUCAUCGCGACAUAUUGCCUUUCUUCUUCAAGACGGACGAAUAUGUCGAGUGUCAUUUCGAGUUCAAGCUGAUAAAAUUGAACCGAUUCCUACAGAAACAGCAAAGAGUAAACCAAAACAUUUAACACCACAAACAACACGUCCUCAGACCCGUCAACCUAUUCAUCGUUUAAACAAUUUCGAUCGUCCCAGUUUCGAAAAUCUUGUUUUAUCAUCGCCCAACCCUUCUAUAGCUGCACACAAUGCUGCUGCAGCGGUCGCAAACACAACUAAUACUAAUCCAAGUGGACAAGUGGAUCUACUGCCACAACUGCAAGCUGGUUAUCCACUAAGUCGACAGCGACAUCAUCUAAUUCGAACGGCACGCGGACGUACAGGAAUUAUCUUUGGUUCACGACCUCUAAUACCGGCGUCAAGUGUGCCCGAAGAAUUAAUUGAACAAGUUCAAGUAGUUCUUCAAGGAAAAUCAAGAAAUGUUAUCCUACGAGAAUUACAAAGAACGAAUUUAGAUGUAAAUAUGGCUGUGAAUAAUUUACUUGCACGCGAUGAUGAAGGCGAUGAAGAUCUUGAUGAUGAUUAUGUCGGAGCUGAUCUGAUUUCAUUGCUGGACGUGAAUCCACACAAUGAACAUCCAGGUAUUAUUCUUGAAUCGGAAUUUUUCGACGAAGCAGAUUUCGCCUUGCGAUACAGCAAUAUACAACGUCGAGUUGUUUCUGCACGAAUCGGAAAUGUUGCAAAUAAUCCGUCAACACCAACAGUAGCAUCAGCAGCUUCCGCUGCGAUCAAUUCUAGUUUAGGUGAUCUGUCGAAUGUUAACAAUCCAUCUUCAGCAAAUCCUCCUUCGACAACGAAUUCUUCAACUGUUGUCACAUCAUCGACAAAUCCAUCGUCAACAACAAGCAGUUCAUCGGAACGCGAUCGAAAACGAAAUCGUUAUGAUCCCCGUUGGUUAGAUGGUUCUUUGCGUGAAGAACUCUUCGGUCGGAUCGAUCGAGAAUUGAAACCAGAUGAUUUAUCGAUUGUGAAAGACAAUAACUCAACAAAAACUUCAUCGAUUCGUAAAGAUCAGAACUCCUCUUCGAAUCCAUUAUCGCAAACAAACCCACCGGCUUAUCAGCAACAAGUAUCUGCACCGGCUGCCAUAUCGACAACUCCAGUUCAAAAUCCUGUUGUCUUCGGCGAUCAGCUACAAUUCUGGACUGAUAACAAUUCGGAAAAUACUUAUCCACGUUUUACACACAUGGCUUGCCUUUAUUCGGAACUAAUUGCUAUCAAUACAAACGGGCAAUUGUGCCAGUGGAAUUGGCAAGAUGAAUAUCCAUAUCAAGAUGCGGACAAUUCUCAAAUAAAACAUCCUAAAACAAUGGUUUUACAAUUAUUAAACGAAAAAAUUCUUCAUCUUUCUGCCAAUAUUAUUCGUGCAUCUGUUGUUACUGAAACUAACCGUUUAGCGACGUGGAUUGAUGAAUCCUUGGGCUCACAAGUCAAUUUCAAAUUUCAACAUUCGCUGCAGGAACUUUCACCAACCAUUCCUCUGCAUAUUGUUGAUAUUCAAACAUCACCAUUGUUCACGGUUGUUCGUACUGAUACCAAUGAUCUCUAUUGGUAUGGUUUGUUGCCAAAUAAACCACGAAAAAAAUUACUGGAACGUUUAAAAGAAAAAACACGAAAAAAUCGUACGAACAACUCGACUCAACAACAGCAACAGCAGCAGAUUAUCACGAUUGGAUCAUCGGUUUGUUUAAUAUCGAAUCCGUAUUACAAUCAAGGUGCAUUAGCAUUCUGUAUUCGUGAUGGGCAACCGAAAUUAGGUCAAUUAAUGGAGCAAGCAUGGAUGCUAUCGAACACCGCACGAUUUCGCAUUAAAAUUCCGGAAUUGAUUACCAAUAAGAAUAAAGAAGAUGAUAAGAGUUCAUUAGAAAUGCCGCCUCCACCUUCACCAGCUUCGUCAACAUGCAGCGUAGAUUCGAAUACAAGUUUCGCCUCGUCAUUAAAACGUAAAAAACAUACGAGUACAAGUACUACGACAACGGCAGCAGCAGCAGCAGCAGUAGCUACUCCGAGUGGUGCUGGUGGUAAUGGUUCGAAUCCUUUUCUAAUGACAAUUAACGAUAGUGAUUCUAAUGAACAACAGCAGCAGCACAGCAAAAUUAAAGAUGAAGAGUACUGGCCGUUGGAUGAGGUGAUCUUUAUUGAAGAUUGCAAAGUAGCGCCCAUUGGCAAAGUUGUUAAAAUCGAUGGAUCGCUCGUCUUAGUCAGAUUUCCUUCGAAGAACAAUAAUAACGAAAUCAAUGACGUGAAUUUGGAUGCAACUAAUCUGGAAAAUUGCCGAAUACUUCGAAAAGAUGAUUUACAAGUCGUCAAAGGAAAUACGAUUCCGAAAACGCCUGAUUGUACAUUAUCGAUCACGAAUGCUAAACGUAUUGCAUUAGAACACGGCAAACUUUUAAUUUACUCAAUCGAUAAAGAUUAUCUUCAUACAUUACAAAUUCGCGAUUCAACUAUUCAUUACAUUAUGUAUGAAGUCGGUAGUAACAAUGGUUUAUGUCGUUCCAUCCGUCAGAAUCUUUUACCAUUGAUUAACAAUCGUCAGUCAUUAUUAUCUUUCCUUGGAGCAAAUCUCAAUUCGGUGUGCCUAGCAACAUUGAAUUCUACGGAUAUUCCUCGGUUAUUAAUCGAUGGCAAUCGAUUACUUUACCCAUUUAUCUACAAUCAGGAUGGUACAAAUUUAAAAGAACCACAAUGGAAGAACUUAUUGGGAAUCAACUAUUUUUCUCAAGGAAUCGUUCCGUUGAAGAAUGCUGAUCAUCUGAACAAAAAUCAUAUCAUUUUAAAUAUCAUGCAGAUUCAAAAAGGUAUUCUAAUUCCGCAUAUCCUUCGUUAUGAUGUGGAGAGAAUUCGUUCGAUUUUAAAUGAGAUUGAAUUAACGAAAAAUCGCGAUUUAUUGAAAUUAAUCCUAGAAGAACGAUUAGACGGCUGUCGAAAUCUGUUUCAUGCUUGUGUUCAUAUCGCAACGCCAAUGAAUAACAAAGAAUAUUCAAUAAAUGAUGAACAAGUUCAAAAUGAAAGCAAUACAAACUUAAAACGAAUAUCAUUUGCAAUUGAUCUUCUGCACGCACAAGGCAAUUCUGAUCACAAUUAUGGUGAACGCAGUACGGCUUCAGCACCGACAACAAUUUCGUCGUCAGCAACAAAUAAUGUAUGGACAAAUGAACCAACACCGACCGAUGCUCAACCACCUUCAUCGCCAACGAUGCCGUCGGGAACUUCAUCAAAUCUCUAUCGAAGCUUAUCAACAGGUACAUCUUCGAUAAAUCCGGGCUCAUUGUCUCCAUCGUACAAUCCUACGAGUCUAUCAUCAAAGAUACAACAAAUUCAAUAUCUUCAAAAUCAAUUGUAUUCACAACCAACACGUUCGUCACGUUCGAAUUCCAAUGAUUUCUCCGUUUGGUCAUCAUGCAAAUAUGACGAACGUGAAAAGCGUAUUCGUUCGAUAAAAAUUCUUCGUCUAUUACUCGAUUAUCCACUCUUUCAAGAAUAUCUCCUGUCCUUACUUAGUUUUCGCAAUUUAGAAGGUCAAACACCCUUUAUGUCAGCUGUUAAUUCACGUGCAUACCAAUGUGCCUUGAUUCUCUUCGAAUACGCCUUGAAAGUAUCCAAACGGGAAUCUCAAGUCGAAUCCACCUCGGCCUCUGUUCAAUUUUUUCUUGACACUUCAUUACUAUCGCCCAGCACCGUCAGUGAUCCGAAACAACAGCUCGAUAAUCUUCUUCUACGAAUGAUCUAUCCAUUAACAUCCACUUGUUCCGAUUAUUCACCAUUAUAUACCAUAUGUACUAACGAUACAUGUUCAUUUACAUGGACCGGUGAAGAGCACAUUAGUCAAGCUAUCUUCGAAUGUAAAACAUGUGGUCUAUCAGGUACAUUAUGUUGUUGCAGUGAAUGUGCUCAAACGUGUCACAAGGGUCAUGAUUGUCGACUGAAACGUACAUCACCAACAGCAUACUGUGAUUGUUGGGAAGUGUGCAAAUGUAAAUCGUUAAUAGCUGGUGAUCAACAAAAGCGUUUGGAGUUAUUUAAACUUCUGUUAAAUCAAACGAAUUUGGUGCAAAUACAAAACUCUCGAUAUGAAAAUAUUCUUCUGUAUCUGGUGCAAACAGUUGGAAGACAAAUAAUUGAACAACAACAAUUUCCUCGAACGUCCACAGCUGCAAUUUUACAACAACAAGCGAGAAAGUCUCGUGAACAGUUGACGAAUUCGUCAGCGACAAGUGGGGCAAAGAAAUUGCAACAUCAAAAUUCGUCAUCAGGCUCAACUAAUAACAAUAAUUCAACAAAUCAAAUGGAUUUGGAUUCGAACAGUAAUAUUCCAGAUCAUCAUUUAGAACCGCCACAAUUCUGUCGUCGAGCACUCGAACUCAUUUUAGCAGAUUGGUCUGGUGUUAAAUCAAUGCUUUUAUGCGGUUGUCCUGAUGACAUUGAUCCGACUAAUAUCAAUCCGAAAGAAGUCACUUCAAUUCUUUCGGCCUGUCCACCGGUUUUAUCAACGUAUGACAAUGAACAUCUAUUUUCGUUAGAACAACAACAACAAACAAGUCAACUCGAUCGUUUCACAUAUUUUCUUCUCGCUAAGUGUAAUACAAUCAAACAGACGGGCUCAACCAUGGGUGCAACAACAAAAAAUGCUUCAUCCACAUCCAAUGAACUUCUCGAUAUCCUAUUAAAUACUUUGAUACGUGAAAUGUCGAAUCCAACACAUCGCGAUAUGGCUCGUUUCGUGACUGCACGAUUUGUUCGCAGUGUCAUACGUUUAUUUAUCAUUUUAAGUCUAGAAUCUGUCCCUGAUAAAUCAUCAUCGUUGUCCAAUCAACAACUAUCAUCAGGCACGACAAUCAAACGUAUAUCUGCGACAACAGUAACCGGUGCCACGAUUACCACAAGUUCAAAUCUCUCGUCGUCGUCGUCGUCGUCAUCAUCAACAAUCAAUGGUCCACAAGCUAUUCUAUAUCAAUGCAAACGAAUAUUUCAAAUGCUAACUCUCAUAUCGAUCAAUGCACUCGUUCAUACAGCUGAUUUGUUACUUGCACCUGUUCGUCAUGGCAUAGCGAAACCAACGGCCAUGUUCAAUCUGUUAUCCUCUCAUACGGAUAUUUUACAAGGUCUCGAAGAAGUAUUCAAUAUUGAUUCCGAAUCGUAUCGUUCUUAUCAAGAAAGUAAAAGUAAUAACUUUCAACGUACAACCGAUUCACUGUCUCAACCGAUCAAUGAACUGAAUGAAACCGAUAUUGAUGACAAUCAAAAUUCGAUCAAUCCGAACAAUAUGAAUCAAACAACAAUCGAAUUGAAUGAAGAUGAUGACAAUAAUUCGGACACUCAAUCUCAACAUGAAACAACUAAUCCCAUAAGUAAUUCGAAUAUGAAUGAACAACCAACAAUACGCGAAAACGCUGGUGGUUUGAGCGAUAAUGAAAGUGAAAUGGAAUUAGAAUUACUUGCUGAAUCAGACACGGACAAUGAAAGUAAUCGUAGCGCACCGAACACAAACACACAUCGAACAUCAGCAACAGCUGGCAGUGAAAACAUGGCCUUAUUUUCCGAUGAUGAAAAUUCCGAAUCGGACGAUGCUGAUAGUGUACGAAGUGACAGUGUUCUCGGCGAAGGUGAUGAAACGAGUCAACCCGAGCCAAUGAUUUUCGACGAUGCACGAGAUGCUCUAGCUGCUGCUGCCGCAUCUUCAACAACAACAGUAACGCCAAGUGCUGUUACAAAUGAUCGCCUCGUACUUCUACCAGCAGGUAACACAACAGCUAGUUCGAAUACACAGCCGACAAAUGCGACCGCUACUAGUCAUCUCAAUGUACCAAGAUUAAACGCUCGAACAACUAUGGCCAGUUCGUUAUUUGGUGACAGUCACUCCCGACGACAACUUGCACCUGUUGCGACAACAUCGCCAAGUCUAAGCCAUUCGACAUCAGUUCAACAACAACAACAACAGCAGCAGCAACAACAACAAACUCAUGUGCAACAGCAACCACAACAAACACAAACGACAAAUCUGAUAUCGGUUAACACCACGAAUUCGUUGUUGGCACGAGCGUUCGGAAUUAUUAUUCGACAAAUUACUGAUCUAUUAAUCAGAUGGCCAUCUGUACUCUCAGCUUCAUCUCUCUAUCAUGACAUAUUAAUAACAUCGGCAACUGUCGAAGAACAAAACGCUCUCGAAAGUAUUCAAAACGAAAUUGAACAAUGUCUAUAUCCAACCUGGCAAUGGUUUGCAACAGUUAUGGAUUCCUUUGAAUCUCAAUUACGUUUCGGUAUGACAUUGAGCAAUUUAACUCACAAUGAAAACGAUACAACUUACCACGGAAAUCGUUUCCUUAAAAAUCUAAUCGAUCGUGCGCAGAUUGAAAUAAAGAAAAAGUCGACAGCAGCAACAAAUCGAACAAAUAAUAUUCCUGUCAAUGAAAAACCCGUGAACAAUCGUCUAGAAUUUCUGAACUAUUCAUUAUCUUUGAUGCGUUCGAUUCAUGAACAUGGCGAUCAAGAGCCGACAUUGGAUGUUCUCUCGUAUAAACACUUAGCAUACAUACUCGAUUCAUUUAUAUAUUAUUUUCGCGAAAGCGGUGUUACUGAAUCGAGUCCACCGGUUAGAACUAAUUGGAGAGAAGUGACCGAUGAAGCAACAAAUACUUCGAUGAAUGAGAAUACAACUAAUGAAGAAACAGUCACAUCAGCAAAUACAUUUUUUCAACGUUCACCAUCGACCUUAUGUCUGAGUUCAUUAGGACCCGACCCUUUUCAAAUUACCAUCGAUGAUUCUUUACCAUUGGCAUGUCGUCCACAAUUGCUGCAGCCAAUUUGCCGAAAAGAAGAUCUCUUCGGUCGAUUUUUGUAUGAUCAGACAGCAGCAAGACUUUCCCACGUAUCAUCUCAACUCGGUCUAUCUCAUCGUGAAAGUUCAAUCCCGGAUUUUCUCCAGCCGAAUUAUUUGAAUUUGUUUCAUAACAACGAAGAAAAGAAUCAAACGAAAACAAGAGAUGAUGAUCGUAUGGCAGUCGACGUGUUACUUGAUUUGAGCGCGGGAUUGAUUUCAUCCGAUAAGACAUCAUCGGUUCGCAAAAAGCAACAAACAUCGCAUUCGAUGCUUCUGAAUGGUUCAUAUGAAUAUUUAUUAGCACGAUGGAGAUUCUCAAUCGAAUUGUUCGUGAAACUAUUCUUGGACGAUGUUGGAAGUGAGCCAGGAUCGAUUAUUAAUGAAUCAAGUGGAUUCUCCGCUCGAGAACAACGUUUUCGUCAUGAUAUGGAGCGAUUGAAGAACGCUCAUCAAAAAGAUAUUCGGUUUGAAGCGAUGGAACGUGAUCGGAUAUUAUUAAUUCAAAAGACAUUUCGUACAUUGAAUUCAUGUUACAAUCGAAAUCAAAGUAUGAGUUCCUCAUCAUCUGUACCACCACUAGCUGUUCAACGAGUCAAAGUUACAUUCAAAGAUGAGCCAGGCGAAGGAAGUGGAGUGGCACGAAGUUUCUAUUCUUCAAUUGUUGAAGCCAUUUUAUCUGAAGAGAAGUUACCAGUGUUAGAAUUGAGUAAUCAUGGUGUUACAUCAGCUGCUCAGCCAACUUCAAGCUCAUUAUCAUCAUCACACGCUCAACGGCAGCAACGACCAUCGCGCGAACGUCGUACAACGUUAGCAACCUAUCUCCGUAGUGAUCGCCGAUCUUCGUCCGUACUUCUAUCAUCCGAAGCUCGUCCAUUUAAAUUUUCCUUAUCGUCGAAUGAUUCCUCAACAGCAAGCAAUACUUCGGAUUCAAAUAUUAAUGAACAUUGGGCACCAAGUAAAUUCAAACUUGGCGUCAGCAUCUAUCCAAAAGUGGCCGCAAUUCAACCAUUUCACGCGGAAAAAAUCACCGGCAUGCUAUUAGAAGGUUUACCUACACCACAAUUGCAACGUAUUAUUAACAUUGAAGAAGAUCUUCGAGUCAAAGUUGAAGAAGCAAUGAAUAUUUUAACAUCACAUAGCACACGUGAUACCCAACAAAAUGAUUCACUUGCAACAACAAUAGCAAUCAAUGAACGAUUGUUAGCAAAUAAGAAUGCUCUUUUCGAAAAGCAACCCAAUGAGUUUACACCACUUUUCUGGCAACCAGAUAAAAAAGGUGUUUAUGCACCGCGACCAGGAAAAUACACGCCCGAACGUUUAACAGCUUAUCGAAAUGUCGGUCGAUUGAUUGGCCUAUGUUUGUUACAAAAUGAACUCUUUCCACUACCAUUAUGUCGCCAUGUUAUUAAAUAUAUUUUGAAUCGUCCUAUACGUUGGCAUGAUCUGGCAUUUUUCGAUUCCACUAUGUAUGAAAAUCUUCGUCGAACUGCAUUUGAUGCAGAGAAGAACGGUGCACAAUAUGUUAAUGAUCUUCAUCUGACAUUUUCAAUGACUGUGACCGAGAAAGAGGGAGGCGAAACAUAUGACCUUGUUUCUGACGGUUCAUCAAAAGAUGUGACAUAUUCGAAUCUUUAUGAAUUCAUUAAACGCUACGCUGAAUUUCGAAUGAUCAGUCUUGUAGAACAAUCGCUUCAGCAUUUACGUCUGGGUGUUUUUGAUGUGUUACCAUCGGCAUCUCUUGAAUAUCUAACUCCAGAAGAUUUCCGAUUACUAUUAAAUGGUACUGGAAAUAUAAAUGUAACAACACUCAUGACAUACACAACAUUCAAUGAUGAAAGUGGCGAGACUAGUGAUCGUAUUAAUCAAUUCAAGAAAUGGUUUUGGUCAGUGUUGGAAAAGUUCAAUGCUGUCGAAAGACAAGAUCUAGUUUAUUUUUGGACAGGUAGUCCAGCUUUACCCGCGUCGGAAGCUGGCUUUCAACCUCAACCUUCAGUCACCAUACGUCCUGCUGAUGAUCAACAUUUACCAACGGCAAAUACAUGUAUCAGUCGUCUAUAUGUUCCAUUAUAUUCAUCAAAAAAUAUCUUAAAAUUAAAACUUCAAUAUGCGAUCAAAACCAAAAUGUUCGGUUUUGUAUGA